AUGAAUAUAUCAAUUUAUCUUUUGUUCAUUUCGCAAGGCUGUAAUUAUGCAUAUACAAUGCUCAAUGAUGGACAUCUUAUGAAUGGUAUAAAAAUCUAUUUACAAUGUUUUCAACAAACACUAGAAAAUAAUGCAUUAAUUGAUCUUUUCUCAAAUAUUGUUCAUGAGCGAUGUUUUAAUCAAUUGCGUACUAAAGAACAAUUAGGUUACAUUGUUUUUUCUGGUGUAUCUCGUUCACAUGGUGUACAAGGUUUUGAAAUUAUUGUGCAAACAAGUCUUGAACUUGAUCUUGUCGAUCAACGAAUCGAGCUAUUUAUUGAUUCGAUUCAAGUAUGUAUAUCAUUAAUAAU